CUCUUGCAGGGUACAGAUGUACUUGUUCACAGAGGAAUUUAUGAAGCUGCAAAAGGAAUAUACGAGCAAUUCAUGCCCGCAAUAAUGGAUCAUCUGAAGAGAUACGGGGAUCGUGCAAAGCUUCAAUUCACCGGGCACUCCCUCGGGGGCAGUCUCUCUCUUUUGGUUCAUCUGAUGCUGUUGACAAACAAGGUUGUGAGUCCCUCCACUCUUCGACCAGUUGUGACUUUUGGCUCACCAUUUGUAUUCUGUGGAGGCCAUCAAAUUAUCCAUGAGCUAGGCCUAGACGAGAGCCACAUCCACUGUGUGAUGAUGCAUAGAGAUAUUGUUCCCAGGGCUUUCUCCUGCAAUUACCCAAAUCAUGUAGCUGUAGUUCUUAAGCGCUUGAACAGCUCCUUUCGCUCACAUCCUUGUCUGCUGAAAAACGCAGGUUGAUGUUCUCACUAGUGGGUAAAACAUUCAUUGAUUUUCUAUGGAAAUUUUUCA